AUGACGCCGGCCCCAUCCCGGGACAGUCCCCAGGGACAGCCUCGCACGUGGGCCAGCAGCUCGCUGAAGGCUGUGGGCCAGGGCGGCAGGCCCGGGGCUGCAGAGCUCUCCCGGGGGCUCUUCCCCCGGUUCCCUCCAGCCCAGGACUGCCCCACUGUCCUGAUGAGGCAGUUCAGGUGGGCCGGCUCCUCCAGCGCCCGGGACGGCCGGGCACAGAGCUGCACCCAUCUUUCUCUCCGGCUGAGUGAACCCCUGCGGGAGUCCGCAGGGCCAGCAGGACGAGGCCCCUUUCUCACCCAGGCGUUCGGGGCCCUCCCUGCCUGGCCGAGCCCCUUUGGAGUCCCAGAGCCUGAACUGGCUUCUGCCCUCAGCUCCACCUUCACUACCCAUCAGGCUUCCCAGCUGAGCAGGGUUAACACCUCUUCCAGGAAGCCCACCCCGCUCCCGACCGUCGGGUCCGUGGGUCCCCGUCAUUCUCCCCCCCGCAGCCCCCGGCCCUUGGCGCUUGUCAGUGGUGUUUGGUCCAAGUCUCAGAGCCUCAGCGCCUUCACCUGUGAGUCUGGGAUUGAUGUUUUAAGUGGACAAGUGAGCAAGCCAACAAGUGACGUCGUCAGGGCAGCUUUGGGCGAGGCAGGGCCGUGCCUCCGGCCAUCCCGGCUGCCCCGCGCCAUCUACUUCCUCACCCUCCCCAGCGCUGUCUGCCCUUCUGACCCCGCGGCGCCUGUGACCGUGACCCAGGGCUCCAGCACUCGCUGUUCGGCAUCCACCGGGCUGGCCAUGGGCAGGGCGCUGGGCUCAGGCCUGGGACUGGCCCUGGUCCCCACGCUCUGCAUCUGGAGGGGACACGCUGCCGUGCUCCAGCAGGAGGGCGCCUGCUGUGGUCAGGAGGGCAGCGCCGCGCUGGCCGAGGCAGGGGUGACGGGAGGCGGGCGGCCUGGGCCGGCAGAGGCAGGGGAGGCCCUUGGGCUGCGAGUGGAGGGCGGGAGGAGCCUCCAGAGGGUCACCUCCAAGAACGAGGCGUUCACUGCCUCACCAAGAGUGGGGUCUACUUUUGACGGUUCUUUGCUAAGUCCCAAAGGGACGUCUCUCACAGCUGGGGACAUCUGUGCAUCCGGGAGUGUCUUCGACGCCCAGGCAGGCUCGGUUUCUCCCCUGCUGAGUGGGACACAAGGAGAUGCAGCAGGAAGCGUGCUUGGCCAGGGCCCGGCACGUGACGAGCACGCAGAAGACGCCAGCCCCUGUCCUGACCGCGCCUCAUGGGCCCCUGCUGAGCCCAGGAGGGGCGUGCUGCGCUGCGGAGCGAAGCCUGGGCACGUCACCUGGCGUCUGAGGCCGUCUGGGAGCGAAGCCUGGGCACGUCACCUGGCGUCUGAGGCCGUCUGGGCACAGCUGACAGCUUCACCUCGGGGUCGAGUCGCCCUCCGCCCCGCAACCGCCCCGCCGUCCAGCCUCAGCCGGCUUGCGAGGGAGACGCGACAAGACUCAGAACCCACGGCCACGCCCCUUCUCGCCCGGGCGGGGCUCCGGGGCCCGCGCGCGCGCGCCCGCGGGUGCCCCCGGGUGGGGAGCGUUCCCAUUGGGCCGCGCCGCCCAUGUGACCCGGAGGGCCGGGCCUCGCGCUCCCGGAGCGGGGCCGCGCCUGCGCGCGCCGUGCCCUCGUGCACGCGCACGCGCCCCCGAGCCCUCCGCCCGUGGAGUCGGCGCCCGGACCGCCAGGUCAGUCUCCUCGUGCCCGCCCGGGCGGGGGCGCGCGCGGUGAGAGAGCGCGGUGCGGGCGCGCGGGCCGGGGGGCGGGCCGCCUCUUGGGGGGCCGGGACCCCGCGCCCGGCGGCCUCGGCGGCGCGCGUGCGGGCCCGGCGCCUGCCACGUGCAGCUCUCAGCCCGGGGUGGGGUGGGGGGCAGGCUCUGGACGCCGCCCGCCGCUUCCCCCGCGUGGCCGGCGGUGGACGCCCGGGUUGGGAGGCUUGA